AUGGAUGUUCCCGACGCAGAAUUCUACAGAUUCCUUGAUUUAUUGGGCGUUGUUGUUAAAGACGAUACAGAUAUUGGAUUGUUGGCAAACGAUUACUUCAAUUUCCAACAAUUUGCACAUCGCUACCCAGAGAAUCUAUUCGAGCUGAAUUUCAUAAAAUGGCAGUUGUCUAAAAAUACAACACCAGCAUCAUCACCAGCAUCAAAUAAAAAAAUUCUACAAGCGAAGCCCGUAACUACCAUACCUUUAAAAAUACAAAAAUUAAAGAAAUCCCUUAACCAACAAAGUAACUCGGAAUUCCUAAAUCUAUCAUUUCAACCGGUUGAACAAACAAAAACCACAGAGAAAAUAGUGGUAGACACAGUAUUGCAAGAAAAGUGUAGCGACGAAGCUAUCGUGUACAAUGAAACUGAUACAAUAGAAGCUAUUAGUGGUUUAGUAACAUAUCUCGAACAGCCAAACAUUUUCGAUCAAGCCAUGGUCACCCCACCUACAACACCAAGUACCCCAAGUACCCACCUCACUCGCGGUAAAAAUAUUGCUGUCGCGAAGCAAAUUUUUGAAGAUGAGCAGACACAACAACAACCCCCCUCACCACUUCAAUCUCGACAACUAACCACCGCACCCCACACAACCCCAUCCCUUCCAAAACGGAAGCGAAAACAAGAAUUAGAAGAACAUCCCAGCGGAAGACCCACCAAAGAUGAGGUUCUUGUCCGUAUUGACAGCGAAGAAGACGACAUGUGCAUACUUCAGCUAUCGCGACGAGAACUCAUUUUACCCAACUCAAAAGGUGCUUGCAAGAAGUCAAAAACAAUUUUAACAAAGCUGAAACAUGACAUUACGGUAGCGACACAAAAACAAUUUCAAACCUAUGAACUGUUUGCUGAAACUAGACGAAAAGCCCUGGAUAUAAUUCGUGAAAAUCGCGACCUCCUAGAAAAAAUUAACUCUGCCGAAUUUGUUCUCACCAGUCUUUUAAAAAAACAAUCUGAAAACUAA